AUGGACGCCCGUGAAGCUGCUAUACAAUCAGCUAUCUGUGAUCUUAAUUCUGGUGUUUCUACAAGUCAACGGAAGGCUGCCAGGGCGUACGGAGUCACUAGAUCAUCGCUUCAGGAGCGCCUCAAAGGUCGCCAACCAAACGCGAUAUGGGUUGUUUACGAAAGACCAAGCGCACCC